AUGCGAAGAGUUUUAGUAAUGCUGUUGUGGUCCUGUUGCCAUUUGGCCAAAAUACAAGGUUUAAGCAGGGAUGAUUUUGGCGGAAGCAGACAAUUUACAUUUGCCGACAGCGGCGGUGGUGGCCAAGUACCUGUUCCAGCUCAGCAAGAGUCACAAGUUCUCACACGUCAAUUAAUCGCUGGCACAGUAAAUCCUUUUAUUGUAAACACACCAUCCUAUUGUAUCUGUGUACCAGCGGGAUCAUGUCCGAAUCCAUUGCCCACACCACCCACGGAUGGCACUGGUCAAAUCGAUAUACGUAUUGUUAACACUGGAGCCACACCCGCACCCACCACCCCACCUUUCUCCUGCAAUUUUGGUCUGGCGGUAUGCUGUCAGGCUGGUGCAUACCAGUGCGGCCGCAGUUAUCCACCACCGCCAGGCAGUGUCGCAGCGGGGGCAGGCCAGGCUUCAUUUGGUGAAUAUCCUUGGCAGGUGGCGCUAUUAACAACCGGCGAAGUGUAUUUGGGCUCGGGAGCUCUAAUAUCGGCUCAGCAUGUGCUAACAGUGGCCCAUAAGGUGGCCAAUUUGGCCAUUACCUCAUUUAAAGUGCGCGUGGGCGAAUGGGAUGCUGCCAGCACUGCUGAACCCAUUCCAGCACUAGAUGUCAUGGUCUCCAAUGUCUUUAUACAUCCGAACUACAACAGUAAUAAUCUGCAGAAUAAUGUGGCCGUUUUGAAGUUAGCCACUCCAGUGUCUUUAUCCAGCAGGUCCACGGUGGGCACCAUUUGCCUGCCCAGCAUAGCGUUUGUGGGUCAACGUUGCUAUGUGGCUGGUUGGGGUAAAAAUGAUUUUGGUCCCACUGGAGCCUUUCAGGCCAUACAACGCGAAGUCGAUGUGCCACUCAUACCUAAUGCCGAUUGUCAAACAGCUUUACGUCAAACACGUUUGGGCGCUAGCUUUGUGCUUAACAAUGCCAGUUUCAUAUGUGCCGGAGGCGAGGCAGGCAAAGAUGCUUGCACGGGUGAUGGUGGCUCACCAUUGGUAUGUCAAACGGGAGGCAUUUGGUAUGUUGUCGGCAUGGUGGCCUGGGGCAUUGGUUGUGGAACCGCAGGGGUUCCUGGCGUAUAUGUUAAUGUGGCCACAUAUUUACCAUGGAUACAAACAAUGAUGGCUGCAUAGUUCAGGGGGAGAUCGCAUGCAAACAAAUGAAGAGGAGAGAACAUGAGGACACCAAUGACCAAUGACCAACAACCAAGACCACUGACCAUAACGAAAUACAACACAAAGGAAUGUUGUGGCACCCCCACGCAGUUCAUUGACUGUUGCAGUAAUUUCUGAGUUUCAAUCUUUGUUGGACCCCAUGGUGUGCCUCAAUUUAGGUUUCUAGUUUAAAUGUAAUUUUUAAUCCAUUGUACAUACAUACAUAUAUUUA